UUUGACCAUCUUCAUGACGAUUUUGGCGAUGUCGUUGUUCAUCUACGUCAAUACGAAAAUGAUUGCCGCUGUUGCCCUGAUCGAUCAAAAGGCUGAAGAAUAUGCCACAAUGAUGGAAGGAAUGCAACUAUACAUGAACUACGGCAAGAUGAAUUUGGUGACGAAUAUAAGGUUCAACGAAUUUCUAACUCUCCAGUGGCAGUAUUUCAACGGGGUAAAUGAAAAAACGCUCUUCGGUGGAUUAUCAAAGAUUUUGUACGAUAAAAUCAAAAUAAAUAGAUUUGUUUUUGUUUUAGAAAACGUACCAUUAUUUAAAGGUUUAAAACCGGAAAUUUUGAAAGCCCUUGCUCUUUGUUGCGAAACUCAUUUCCUUCCACCAGACGAAUUGAUAGUUUACGAAGGACAAAUUAUCAAAGAUUUAUUCAUUAUAGAAAAAGGCUAUUGCGAGAUGAUCUGUUCAACGUCGAAUCGCAUGAUCAAAUAUUUAGGACCGAUGGACAGUUUUUGUCUAAUGGAAAUGCUUCUCUGUUAG